GUUUUCUAAAAAAUUGCCAUCCCUACCGAAGACUCACAUUUGAGGUUAUGUAACAAAAAUGAAAAUCAAAACAAAUAUGCUAGGUUAAAGUAGUAAAUUCGGUUUUUAUUCAAAUAUUGCCCGUCUACCGUCCAUAAAUCGGGCAAAAUGCUAAUCUAUAACUGUCAACGCAAUCUGUUACGCGUAAGCUCGCUUUCUACCCUGCUAAAAGCCACUGUAUCGAUAUGGUCUCCACUAGCAGAAGCUUUCAACGGACGUCCCAUGCAGAGAUUGCAAUUAAGAAAACGAACCACAGGGCUGUUCGAUAUUCCCGAGCUGAUAUCUUAUGACAGCUUCUACAUGCUCCAGGACAAAUGCAUUUUUAAAACUGAGAAACUAAUAGAUGAGGCUUUGAGUAGUAGCCGAAAGAGAAAGAUGGUAGAAAUCUUUGACGAUAUGUCUGACUGUUUAUGCCAGGUAGCUGAUUUAGCAGAAUUCAUACGUUUGGCCCAUCCAGAAGUGAACUAUCGUAAUGCUGCAGAGAGUGCUUGCAUCACAGUCAGUGGAAUAGUAGAGAAAUUGAACACUAACAUCAAACUAUACGAUGCACUUAAACAUGCAGUACAAAAUGGAGAUAUUAUCCCAUACACUGAAACAGACAAAUUGGUUGGAGAGCUUUUUUUAUUGGACUUUGAACAAUGUGGGAUACACUUGCCUGAAGAUGAAAGAAAUAGGGUCGUCACAUUGACGAAUAUGAUACUUAAUUUAGGACAGCAGUUUGUAGCAGGAACUUCAGCCCCCAGAGUAGUGAAAAAGUCUCAGUUGCCAAGCACAUUGAGAAACGUGUUUUCAAGUGAUGGUGACACAAUUGUGAUUACAGGCCUGUACACUGAUUCGAUUGACCCAGUUGCAAGGGAAAUGGCAUACAGGAUAUUUCUCCAUCCCGACCCUACACAGGAUAAGAUCCUCACCCACCUUUUGCAAGCUAGGGAUGAACUAGCUAAGGUUUGCGGUUUUAGUACAUACUCCGAAAGGGCGUUACGCGGUUCUAUCUUUGACAAGCCUUCCAAAGUUUUGUCUUUUUUGGAGAAGCUCUCUAAAGGCAUCUGGAAUAAAGCCGAAAAAGAUUUUGCGACGAUGAACAAGAUGAAAAUAGAGGAAAGCGCUAUAAGUGGACCACUGGGGCCAUGGGAUGUGCCAUUUUUUACGCAGAAAGCGAAAAAGGAUUGGUUGAAGGUAUCAUCAAAAGAAUACUCGCCAUUUUUUUCCUUAGGAGCAUGCAUGGAUGGGUUGAAUAUGAUCUUCCAAUCUUUAUACAAGAUACAAUUGGUCAACACUGAAGUUACCAAAGGAGAAUGUUGGUCUCCUGAUGUUUAUAAACUAGCUGUAGAACAUGAAAAAGAAGGAUUGUUGGGGUACAUCUAUUGUGAUUUCUAUGAAAGGAGUGGAAAACCAGGACAAGACUGUCAUUUCACCAUAAGAGGAGGAAGAACUUUGCAAGGUGGUAGCUACCAGAUACCUAUAGUAGUGCUAAUGUUAAAUCUACCAUCACCAAGAUGGUCAAGUCCAUCACUACUAACGCCGGGCAUGGUGGACAAUCUGUUCCAUGAAAUGGGACAUGCAAUGCACUCUAUGCUUGCUAGAACUCAGUAUCAACAUGUCAGUGGAACUAGAUGCAGUACGGACUUUGCAGAGGUUCCUUCAAUUCUAAUGGAAUAUUUUGCUUGUGAUCACAGGGUAUUGAAAAAGUUCGCCAGACAUUUUCAAACGCAAGAACCGAUGCCUGACGAUAUGGUACAAAGAUUAUGUGCUUCAAAACAUUUGUUUACAGCUAGUGAAACGCAGCUACAAGUAUUCUAUGCUGCCAUAGACCAGGCGUACCAUGGAAUUCAUCCUUUGAAAGGUACAACCACUGAAGUAUUAGCAGAAACACAAAAAUCCUUCUAUGGAAUCCCAUAUAUGUCUAACACUGCCUGGCAGCACAGAUUCAGUCACUUAGUGGGCUAUGGUGCUAAAUAUUAUUCAUAUCUAGUAUCUCGAGCACUGGCAUAUUCUAUUUGGAACCAGUAUUUUGAAACAGAUCCUUUUAAUGCUGACAGUGGGAAUAAAUACAGGACAGAAUGUUUGGCGCAUGGAGGUGGUAAAAACCCACAAAAUUUAGUAGCCGACUUUUUAGGUGUACAGCCAGAGCCAGAAGUAUUGGCAGAUUCUCUUGUAAAUGAAAUUGAAUAUUAUGAGAACCAUGUUAAGACUGCCACUGAAGCAAUAAAUACCUAAUUUGUCAGUUUGUCAUCUAUAAGAUAAAAAUGUAUAUAUCCUUAGUAAAAAUUCUCCAGUUUUAUUAUCCUAAUAUAGGGUGCUAGAAAAAGAACUGCACAAUAUACAUCUCCUAAUUUAUU